CGGCGCGCGUCGAUUGGGCCGGCGGCCGCCGGGGAGCGGGGGCAGCACGUUGGGAUGCGCGCUACUUAAGGUCCAGCUGCGUGAGCCAUUGACGUGUUUGGAGCUGGAGACGGCCUGGGCGCUGGCGAAGCGGCGGCCCGAGUCAGAAACCUGUUAGGAUGCCUAUGGUAGCACGGCGGCUGAGAGAUCCAGACAUAAACCCUUGCUUGUCGAUCCCAUUCCACCCCCUAAAUGAUGCCUGUCUUACAUCUUUAAGGAAUCUGAUGCUUCUACCAGAUGUAUGGAUGAAAAUAACUAUGACAGGGAAAAGUGUUCCACUUACUUCCUGAAGUACAAAAACUGCCGGAAAUUCUGGAAUUCUGUCAUGAUCCAGAGAAGACAGAACGGAGUGCAGCCGUCUAUGCCUACAGCAGCAGAAAGAGACGAGAUCUUGGGGGCGAUGGGAAAGAUGCCCUACUGACUGUUUGCAUUAAAAUUGUUUAUUUAACUUAGAAGCAGAUGAAUAUUUUUAAUAAACGGUGACUGUGACCUUUGAA